AUGUCAAGUGAAGCUAUAACAAAAUCAAUUGAAAAUAAAUUAUUAGCUACUUUGACGUUAAUUUUAAUUCUUGAUCUCGUUGCUUUUGCUUCCAUAUUACCUUUAUUUCCAUCUAUUUUUGAGAGGUACUCAGCCAAAGAUGACAAAGACAUUCUUUUACAAAUAAUUGAUUCAUCAAUAUCAUUUAUACAAGAUUUUUUAAAAAUUCCAAACAACUCAAGAUAUAAUUUGGUACUUUAUGGUGGAUUUUUAGGAUCAUUAUAUUCAUUUUUACAAUUUUUUUGCUUUCCUAUAUUUGGUGGUCUUUCUGAUGUUUAUGGAAGAAAACCAAUUUUAAUUGUUUCAAUAGUUGGUUCAUUAAUCUCUUACAUUUUAUGGUUUUUUGCUAAUAAUUUUACAAUAUUCUUUUUAUCACGAGUUGUUGGUGGUUUAACAAAAGCCAGUACAUCAAUAAGUAUUGCAAUUGCUGCUGACAUUUGUGAUAGUAAUAAAAAAGUUAAAGGUAUUGCUUUAAUUGGUAUUGCAUUUUCUGUUGGUUUUAUUAUUGGCCCAUUAGUUGGAGCAAUUCUUUCAACAAACACAACAAAUAUCAGAAAAGAUAUACCAGUAGCAAUUUUUUCAAUAGUUGUAUCAAUAAUUGAAUUAUUUAUAGUUUUAAUAUUUUUAAAAGAAACAUUAAUAGUUAGAAAACAAAAAUUAAAUGAUAUUUAUGGUAAAAUUAUUUUAUAUAUUAAUCCAAAAGCAUUAUUUAAUUAUGAUGCAAUUGCUAAAAGUGUAGUCGUAAAGAAACAAGAAAAUAUUAAAAGUUUAAGUAGAUCAUACUUUUUGUAUCUCUUUUUUUAUUCUGGUUUAGAAUUUACUUUAUCAUUCUUGACUCAUCAAAAAUUUUCAUUUACUUCUGCUGAUCAAGGAAAAAUGUACUUUUAUAUUGGUGUUUUAAUGAUUAUAUUACAAGGUGGCAUUUUAAGAAAAAUUCCAAGUGAAAGACAACUUAAAACAGUUAUCUAUUCAUUAAUAAUAAUUAUUCCAGCUUAUGUUAUUAUUGCUUUUUCAAAUAGUAUGCUUACUUUUAGAAUUGGUUUAACAAUGUAUUCUGUUGCUUCUGCAUUUAUUGUACCAUGUUUAACAUCAAUGGUUGCUGAAAUGUGUUCUGAUUCAAAUAAAGGAACAACAAUGGGAGUAUUUAGAAGUUUAGGAGCAUUAGCAAGAGCAAUUGGUCCAAUAUUUACAUCUUCAGUAUUUUGGCUAAUGGGUUCUACAUUUUGUUAUACUUUUAUUGGAGCUUUAUUUAUUCUUCCCUUAAUUGGAAUAUACAGAUAUAAUUGUGAAACAAAAGAAGUAUUAUCGCAACAAAUUGAAGAAGAGCAUAAUGAAAUGAUUGAAAAAGAUCAAGAAACAAAAUAA